CUUAUAAGAAUAAAUUGAAGGUCCCCAACAACCAACCCUAGCUAACUCCCUUUAUGCUCUUCUUCUUCCCAAUUAAUGCCUCCAUAAAUACAUAUAUUUGACCCCCUGAAAUUCAUUUCAAAACUUUCACAUCUUCAUUUCCUUUCUUCUUCCAGACCCACAUGGGCAAGAAAAUGAAGCUUCCUAAUUUUCUCUCCAAAAAUAAUAGCACCACAAGAUUAGCAAGAUCAUCUUCUUGGCCAUGGCCUUCUUGUCACCAACCAAGAACUCCUUCUUUUAGAACCAAUUAUAAUAAUAAUAAUAAUCAUAUUGUUAUUAUUGAUAAUAACACCAUCAAUUCAGCCUGUAAGUUAGAUUUGCUUGAUGAUCAUCAUCUCCAAGCAACUCGUGAUUCUUCAUGGUUCACCACCACUUCGACGGCCUCAGAGGAAGAAUGGAGAGCGGUUGAUUCCUCCGUGGAGAGUGUCAUCAAAGGCUUGAAAUUUGAAACUGAGAGGCUGUUUUUUGAGCCGGGUGAGACGAGUUCAAUCCUGGAGGAAGCAAAGACAGGAGGGUUUCCGUUUAAAAAGAGUUUAGUUUUGUCAAUGGAGUCUCAAGAUCCUUACGUUGACUUCAGAAAAUCCAUGGAGGAAAUGGUGGAAGCUCAUGGGUUGAAAGAUUGGGAAGAUCUUGAAGAGCUUUUGAGCUGCUAUUUAAGAGUCAAUGGAAACAGCAACCAUGGAUAUAUAGUUAGAGCUUUCGUUGACUUACUUGUCGCUCUCGCUCUCUCUGCUUCUUCUUCUUCAUCAUCGUCUUCAAGUAAAACCAACACAGCUACAACUACUUGUUAUUCGUCUUCAUUAGCUUCACCUUGUUGCUGUUCUCGUUCUCCUUCUUCUCCAUUAUCAUUUUUCACUUCUUCUUCAGAAGAUUCUUCUUCAACUCCUUGUACCGUUUCUUUAUUACAAGGCGAUGCGGAGGAGGAGGAGAUUGAACAAAAAGAUAAUACAUCUUCUUCAUCUUAAUUAAUUGCUUGUAUUCAUGAUUCCCCUCUAAUCUUUGUAUAUAUCCAGACGUUUUUUUGUCUUUUAAGAAUUAAUUAUGGAUUAUUUCUCA